AUGAAUGCUGGUACUAGUGGUACUAGUGCUGGUAUUGGACCCAUCGUUGGCGGACGAGAACGAAAACAAAAACGACUACAAGAACUGGAAGAAGUGGUAUCAUUAAUAAAAAUACAACUUACAGAGAACAUCAAACGACGCAAAAGCGAUAUGAUUGCAAAAAAAUAUAUGCUUCCAACAAAGGCUGAACAUAUCUGCAUUCUAGACUCGGAUAGAAAACCGGAAUUUCUUCAUAGGUGUAGAUACAUUACUGAUGACGAAAAAGAACAUCAUUUCUUUCAUUUUAAAGACGCACAUGAUAACUGCUUAAAAAGCAAAAAAGGAAAUGCAAACAAACUCUUAUGUGAUAUUAAGCCCCUUCCAAGAGAAACACAAGUUCCCGGACGAGAAAAAUGGAAAGCAUUUACGCCAUUGGAAUAUGAAGUUAAGUUAACCGAGCUAAUUGCUCUAAGGAAAGAAUUGCGUGGAGGUACUCAACCGCAUCAACAGAAUCAAUUGCAUGCACAGACUCAAUUUUACCAACACAAUCAAGGGAUUCAGAACAAUCAAAUGCUCCCUAAUAAUCAAGGGAAUGCUGCUGGUUAUUAUGAUAACUAUUAUGGUAGUGGCCAGUGGAAUGCUGGUAGCAGUGGUAGUAGUAGUGGCCUUGAACCUAUUAAUUUAGAACAACAACAAGAAAAACUAACAAAACGCCAGCAAGAGGAAGGACGACUAAGAGAACUGAAAAGAGAAAUAAUAGCCAUAAAAAGUGCAAUAAGUGACCGAAAACAUGCAGAAACUGUUGAAAGAAACGCUUUUAAUUAUUUGAAAGAAACAGCAGCUCACACGAGUUUAAUACGAGCUCGCAAAGCGACACCACAGGAUUUUUCAGGGGACGCUGGCGGAACGCUGAGUAGUGCGAGCGAGUGA